AGCAGGAGGAGGAGGAGGCGGCUGGGCGAGGAAGGGGCCAGCCAGCAUCUCCCCGCAGUACCAGCAUCCCCAGCAGGAAGCGGGGGAAGCAGCCCCGUCAUGCUGGUCCCCGGAUGCCCGCUGCCUGCCUGGGGUGAAGGUGCCUCACCCCCCUGCUCCCCAGCACCCCCACUCCUCCUCGCCCCAUCCAUUGUUCGGGGAGGGCUGGGGUGUGCUUAGGCAGAGAAGGGGGGUACCAAGGGAGCCGAGGCAAGGAAGACGGCAAGGCCUCUGCAGGAGGAAGACAAAGGCCCAGCAUCAUGUCCAGCGGGAAGGAAGCUGGGGGGGUUCAUCCCUACCAACCACAGCAGCACGCACAGUACGUGGGGCCCUACCGCCUGGAAAAGACCCUGGGUAAAGGCCAGACAGGCCUGGUAAAGCUGGGUGUCCACUGCAUCACCGGCCAGAAAGUCGCCAUCAAGAUCGUCAACCGGGAGAAGCUCUCUGAGUCAGUGCUGAUGAAGGUGGAGCGGGAGAUCGCCAUCCUCAAGCUGAUCGAGCAUCCCCAUGUCCUCAAGCUGCAUGACGUCUAUGAGAAUAAGAAAUAUUUAUACCUGGUGCUGGAGCAUGUGUCAGGAGGGGAGCUUUUCGACUACCUGGUGAAGAAGGGACGUCUUACCCCCAAGGAGGCACGCAAGUUCUUCCGACAGAUUGUCUCUGCCCUGGACUUUUGCCACAGCUACUCCAUAUGCCACCGAGAUCUGAAGCCAGAGAACCUGUUGCUGGACGAGAAGAACAACAUCCGCAUUGCUGACUUCGGCAUGGCCUCCCUGCAGGUCGGCGACAACCUCCUGGAGACCAGCUGUGGGUCUCCCCACUAUGCAUGUCCUGAGGUGAUCAAGGGGGAGAAGUAUGACGGGCGCCGUGCUGACAUGUGGAGCUGUGGGGUCAUCCUCUUUGCCCUGCUGGUGGGGGCACUGCCCUUUGACGAUGACAACCUGCGCCAGCUGCUGGAGAAGGUCAAGCGAGGUAUCUUCCAUAUGCCCCACUUCAUCCCGCCUGACUGCCAGAACCUGCUGCGUGGCAUGAUCGAGGUGGAGCCUGAGAAACGCCUUAGCCUGGAGCAGAUCCAGAAGCAUCCCUGGUUCCUGGGGGGCAAGAAUGAGCCAGAGCCGGAGCAGCCAGUGCCACGGAAGGUGGCCAUCGGACGCAUCCACUCAGCCAGUGAGCUGGACCCAGAUGUCCUGGAGAGCAUGCACUCACUGGGCUGCUUCCGGGACCGUGUCCGCCUCCAGCAGGAGCUGCAGAUCGAGGGGGAGAACCAGGAGAAGAUGAUCUACUACCUACUGCUGGAUCGCAAGGAGCGCUACCCAAGCUGUGAGGACGAGGACUUGCCCCCCCGUAAUGACGUUGACCCUCCACGGAAGCGGGUUGACUCCCCGAUGCUGAACCGCCAUGGGAAGCGGCGGCCAGAGCGCAAAUCCAUGGAGGUCCUGAGUGUCACGGAUGGGGGCUCCCCUGUGCCAGCCCGGCGGGCCAUUGAGAUGGCCCAGCACAGUCAGAGGUCUCGCUCUGUCAGCGGUGCCUCCACUGGCCUCUCCUCCAGCCCACUCAGCAGCCCCAGGAGCCCCGUCUUCUGCUCCCCGCCCCCGACGCCGGAGCCGGGGCCCCCCCCUGGCCCCCCGAAGACCCAGACGCUGCCGGCCAAGGGGAGCCUGGCCCGGGGCACCCCCCCACUGCAGAGCCGUCGCUCAGCUCCCGGCCCCCUGCCGCCCCCUGCUUCCCCGCCCCCUGCCCCCCGCUUCCACUUCCCUCCGACUAAACCCGCCCCCCCCUCUGUCCCGCAGGUCACCCCCCACCCCUCCCCCCGCGGCAGCCCCCUCCCCACCCCGCUGGGCACCCCCGUGCAUACGCCCAAGGAGAGCCCCACUGGCACCCCUGGGGGCACACCCCCCUCCAGCCCCGGCGUGGCCGGUGUGGCCUGGAAAACCCGACUCAACUCCAUCAAGAACAGCUUCUUGGGUUCCCCCCGCUUCCAUCGCCGGAAACUCCAAGUCCCCACGCCAGAGGAGAUGUCGAGCCUGACGCCGGAAUCAUCCCCAGAGCUAGCCAAGAAGUCCUGGUUUGGGAACUUCAUGUCGCUGGACAAGGAGGAGCAGAUCUUUGUGGUGAUCCGGGACAAGCCCCUCAGCUCCAUCAAGGCUGACAUUGUUCACGCCUUCCUCUCGAUCCCCAGCCUGAGCCACAGCGUGGUGUCUCAGACCAGCUUCCGGGCUGAGUACAAGGCAUCGGGCGGCCCAGCCGUGUUCCAGAAGCCUGUCAAGUUCCAGGUGGACAUCAGCUACUCGGAGGGCGCCGAGGCCCACAAGGAUGGGGGACUCUACUCCGUCACCUUCACCCUCCUCUCAGGUCCUAGCCGCCGGUUCAAGCGGGUCGUGGAAACGAUCCAAGCUCAGCUGCUGAGCACGCAUGACCAGCCCUCAGUGCAGGCCCUUGCUGACGAGAAGAACGGGCAGCCCCGUGCACCCAGCACGCCCACGCGCAGCUCCCAUGCCUCACGGCGCUCAGAGCCAGACCUCCCUGACCAGCACCGCCGCGCCUCCUCCAGGGACAAGAAACUCAUGUCAUCCAACGGGACUCAGGCCGCCCAGCCCCCACAGCCGUGACCCCCAAAGCGUAGGGGGCCACACAGGGCUGGGGCGGGGGGGGAGAGACCCCCCCACAAGACACACACUCUCGGGAGAAACCACACCCCCUUCUCCGAGCCCUGCCCGGGACAUGGGAUGGAGACCAUGAAAGGGAUGGAUGGAUCAUACCCCGCCACCAAGACGGGCAGGGGGCACUGGCAGGGGAGUAGGUGUCUUUCACAGGGACCCCCCCCUUCAUAUAUCCGGCCAGGAGCCGCUGUCGUAGCAGACAAUACUGUGAACCUGUAAAUAUUUAAAACAAAAACCCAUGCGCUGAAGAACAGAAUGAAAAGGGAUGUUAAAAGACAAAAACCCACCCACUGAGCCAACGGCCACCCACGGAAACCUGGAUGGAGAAAGCAGGGACAGAGGAGGCAAGAGCACCCGCCUCUGCUGGAGCCCGGGGUGGGGGGUAGCUGCUUGGCUACAGGGGGCAAGCUGUGAAUUUAAUUUAUUUAUUUGUGGGGUGGGAAGUGAGAAUGGACAGACGGAUGGACAGGGCAGGGGGGAAGGAUAGAUGGGCUCUGUGAGUAUGGAGGGAUCAAUGGAGGGGUUCCAUAUGGGGAUGGAUGGACAGAGGGUGUGGACUGAUGGGUGGAAAGGUCUGCACGAGUAUGAACAGAUGGAGAGUCUGUAUGUGAACAGAUGAAGGGAAGCUCAAUGUGUAGAGACGGUUGGAUGGUCUACGGGUGGGUGGAUGGAGAGAGAGGUUCAAGUGGGGAUGGACAGAUGGAGGUCCAUGUGAGGAUGGAUGGAGGUCCAUGUGAUGGAUGGAUCAUGUAGGGAUGGAUGUAGAUUGUGUGUGGAUGGAUACAUGGAUCCUGUGGGGUUGGAUGAACAGACUGGAUAGAAAAGUCCAUGGAGGGGUGGAUGGCUGGAGAGUCUGUGUGGGAUGUAUGAAUAUAUGAAUGGAGGGUCCCUGUGGGGUAGAUAGAUGAGUGUGGGGUUGUCUGGCUAGGUGGCCUUCUCUCUCUCCCUCCUCUUGGCUUCUCUCCUCCCCUUCUGUACCCUGGCAGCCCCUCAGCCCGGAAGCUGUCUGAACCUUGCUCCAUCCCUUCCCUCUGUGAGCCUGUGUGAAUCAACCAUUGGGGUCACCUGCUCAUGACACUGCUUCUGUGGGACCCACCUGGGGCUUUCCCCCUCUUCCCUUCGUAUAAUGCUCUUAAUCUCCUUCUGCCCCUCACACAUUGUCAUGUGGACACUAAAGCACCAGGCGGGGGCUGGUUCCAGCCUGGACUUCACAGCCA